ACGUGCGCGCUACGGAAGCCGAAAGGGACGCGGGGCGGUUACGGGUGCAGCAGUAGCAGUGAUGGCUGCGGAUGGUGAACGAUCCCCGCUGCUGCCGGCCGAGCCUGGAGAUGGGAGCGGCCUCGGCUCCGGAGGUUUGGUGGGGCCGGCGGGUCUGGGGUCGGGACCCGGCUCGAGUGCUCCAGGAAAACCCAACCCACCACAAGGAUUUUCCUCCUUCAGCAGUCUCAAUGAUGGGAGCCAAGCAGCCAUACUGCCUGCAGAAGAUCCCCCGCCGUAUUCCCCGAUGGCAUCGCCGGAGAGCGGCAGUGCUCCUAUGAUCACUUGCCGAGUCUGCCAGAGCCCCAUCAACGUGGAGGGAAAGAUGCAUCAGCAUGUGGUGAAAUGUAGUGUUUGCAAUGAGGCCACGCCAAUUAAAAAUGCCCCACCUGGUAAGAAGUACGUCAGAUGCCCUUGCAACUGUCUUUUGAUCUGCAAAGUUACCUCACAACGCAUCGCUUGUCCGCGGAUAUAUUGUAAAAGGGUCAUAAACCUAGGCCCCGUUCACCCUGGCCCUCCGAGUCCUGAGCCUCAGCCCGUAGGUGUGCGUGUCAAUUGCGGCCACUGCGAAAAUAAUUUCCUGUGGACAGAAUUCACCGAUCGCACUUUAGCCCGAUGCCCGCACUGCCGUAAAGUCUCUUCCAUCGGGCGCCGCUAUCCGAGGAAACGGUGCUUCUGCUGUCUUCUGUUGGGAGUGCUGAUGGCCGUGACCGCAACGGGUUUGGCAUUUGGUACCUGGAAACAAGCCCAGCAGUACAGGGGUGUCUAUGCUGCCUGGGCUGUGGUGAUUUUCCUGGCUUUGGUUUUCCUUGGCCGAGCUAUGUACUGGGCCUGCAUGAGGGUCAGCCACCCCAUCCAGAACUUCUCGUGAGCCUCUCCAAGCUCCUCUUAGUUUCCCACCACUGCUCGACCGCCUCUUCCUCCAGGGACCCAGGGCCCGUACCCUCCCCUCCGCUUCCAUUUGAAGUUGGGUCUGCCAUGCCACCUUCUUGCUGUGCCCGCUCCCAGUGUCAUCAUCUGAGUAACUGUGGGACAACCCUGAUACCUACCAGUCUUCUUCCAUCUCUGUUCCACUGAGCCAGGAUUGAUGGCAAAAGAAAGUACAAUUUUGACUCCAAAGGAGUCGAAGGCCCAGUUCUGUCGGGUUCUUCCAAUCCCGGGAGGAGGGGAGGGGGGCAAAGUUCCUAUGGAUCCUGCGAAUUAACAGAACACUAAUCGUUCCCAAAAGAAAAACUUGGACGCAGCUGGAUGGUUUGGGAUCAAACCAGUGGCGGCUGUUCUGGUGACAUUUGGAGAUGGCCCAGCCCAAACAGCGGAACCCAUUGAGAUAACACUACAGGUCUUCAGUGGGGGCACUUCAGAAGAUGGUGUCCAAGACUCUGUUCUCAGCUCCCAUCAGAGGCUGCUUAAGAACCUUUUUCUGGUCGAGGGGAAGGCAGAGGAGCAUCAAGGAAUUGCUGCUGUAUUGAUUUUUCUUGUUUUUUUCAGUCAUCCUGUGGUCUGUAAUGUAGGGGGUAGCUAAAAGCUGCAAGGGUCGAGGUCGUUUCCACAAUCCUCAAAUGUGAAGGUGCCCCGGGGAAUGAGAGAAGGCCGUUCCAUAAAGGAUUAGUACCAAAGCCCCAGGAUUGGGGGGGGGGGGGGGACAUAGAUGUUCGUUUAAUGAAUUUUGACUCCUAUCUCCCCCUUUCUGUGAUCUACAAUGUGAGAUCCAGAAGUCUUCCGCUAAAGAAGUUUAGGUACAUUUAACUGUGGGGCUCAUUUCUGCUUUGGUUUCUUAAUCUUUGCACAUUCCUUGAAGGAGCCGCUUCCCUGUUUCUUCUCCAACAACCUAAACUCUGUUUUCAGUGGGGGCGAGAUGAGAGCAGCCUUAGGGACCAGCACGUCUCUCUUUGAAGAGCCCUUUCAAGCCAUAGCUAUGUGUUUUGUUUUUGUUUUGUUUUUCUGUUCAAAAGGUUGAAGGGAGAACUGCCAACACCACCUGCAGUUGAUUGAAAGUGCUGGGGGGAUUUAUUUCAACCUUGAAUUGAGGCGCAGAUUCUCCCUUGUGAGAAGUCUCUUCUUCCAGAGCCUACUAAAUCAGAUUUUCAUCCCUUCUUUUGUCUUACUAGUUGAUGACAUAGACCGAAGGGGGAGGAAAUGGUGCAUGCACUCUGUCGUACAGAGGAAAGUAUGCCCCGAGUCAUGCAGCAAACAGAUAUUCCACUUAGGGAAACCUCUCAAUCCUAUUACGAACCUGGCUUGAUUUUUCGUCUACCCCAGUCUUCCCUCUUUUCUUGCACCUCCAUGGCAUCGAGCUUAUAGCCCUAAACCUAUUGCAGCUUGUAUAUAAGGAGU